AUGUCCACCCCCGAAGCAGGCAACACCCUCUCCAUCCCGGCCUACACCCCCGACGCGGACUCCGCCCUCCAAGAAAUCACCUGGUCCCAAUCCCUCCGCACCAAGAAAGCCAACUACUACAUCGUCAAAGCCAAAAACAUCACCCAAAACCAAGCCGACGUCCUCCUCUACAUCCAAGACACCUUCUACAAGGACGAGUCCAGCCCCACUCACCUGAGCAAGCUCCCCGAUGCCAAAAAAGAAGGCGGUGCGCUUCUCCCCCCUUACCCCCUCUUGUCCCAACCCAACCCCCCAACCCCCCCAUCCCAUCCCAUCCCAUCCCAUCCCAUACUAACCCCCUUAUUCCCCGAUCUAGACAACUUCAUCCUCCCCAUCAACGACAAAUUCCAAUACGGCCAAAAGAACGCCCAAGGCGAGAACCGCUGGCUCGUCCUCCACGACAAGGACAACAAGCUCUACCAGCACCGCUUCAUCGUCGCAACCGUGCAGGGCCAUGCCGCCGAGUGGGCCAAGACGCUGGCCAACUCGUUCGGCGCCGGCGAGCUCGCCUCUCAGGUUACCAGCAUCGGCAAGAGCUUUGUCGGUCACUACCUGCACACCUUUUAA